GUCCGUCGUCGCAAGCCGUUCGACAUUUUCGGGUUCGGAGAGGUGAAAAUCGCGUCGUUUCUGCCCCCCGCUGGCCGCCAUUCGCGUCUAUCAGAGGUCUGUGGUUGCUGAUCCGACUUCGUUGCAGAUGUCAUGGCCAUCAAUUUGCGGACGCUUCUGAUCUUGUGCGCACUGCAAUGGCGGUGUUCAAACGGAUUACCGGAGAUGAUUCCCAUAGGCGGUCUCUUUCACCCGAGCGACGAUAAACAAGAAAUAGCCUUCAGAUACGCUGUCGAGAAAAUAAACAGCGACCGUGCCAUAUUGCCCCGGUCGAAGCUCAGCGCGCAAAUUGAAAAAAUUCCGCCGCAAGACAGCUUCCACGCCUCCAAAAAGGUUUGCCACCUGCUAAGGACUGGAGUGGCGGCCAUCUUCGGCCCCCAAUCGGCGCACACCGCGAGCCACGUGCAGUCGAUAUGCGACACGAUGGAAAUCCCCCAUCUGGAAACGCGGUGGGACUACAGGCUCCGCAGGGAGAGUUGUCUCGUCAAUCUGUACCCUCAUCCGACUACGCUUUCUAAGGCCUACGUUGAUCUAGUGAAGGCCUGGGGCUGGAAAUCGUUCACGAUAAUCUACGAAAACAACGAAGGCCUGGUCAGGCUCCAAGAACUGUUGAAGGCCCACGGUCCGUACGAGUUUCCCAUCACCGUCAGGCAACUGGGAGAAGGUAACGAUUACAGGCCGCUGCUGAAGCAAAUCAAAAACUCGGCGGAAUCCCACAUAGUCCUCGACUGCUCGACUCAGAGGAUUUACGACGUGUUGAAACAGGCGCAACAGAUCGGCAUGAUGAGCGAUUAUCACAGCUAUCUCCUGACGUCGCUGGACCUGCACGGUGUGGAUCUCGAGGAGUUUAAGUACGGCGGAACGAACAUAACAGCCUUUCGCUUAGUUGACCCCGAAGGGCCUGAAGUCCGCAAAAUCACGAGGGACUGGAACUUGGGGAUGGACGCGAAAAACAAGAAGGACUUUCCCCUAAUGAACAGGGACAACGAAACUUUCGUUAAGGCGGAGACGGCCCUGAUGUACGACGCGGUUCAUUUGUUUGCCAAGGCCCUCCACGACCUGGACACUAGCCAGCAGAUCGACAUCAAGCCGCUCAGCUGCGACGCAGUCGACUUUUGGCCUCACGGAUACAGCCUCAUUAACUACAUGAAAGUGGUCGAGAUGCGUGGUCUGACCGGCAUCAUCAAAUUCGAUCACCAAGGGUUCAGGAGCGAUUUCGUCCUCGACAUCAUCGAGCUGACCAGAGAGGGCCUGAAGAAGAUCGGGACUUGGAAUUCGUCGGAGGGAGUCAACUUCACCAGGACGUACGGCGAGGCCUACACCCAAAUCGUCGAGAUCAUCCAGAAUAAGACGUUCGUCGUAACUACGAUUCUGAGCGCGCCUUACGUUAUGAGAAAAGAAGCCAGCGAGAAACUGAUCGGGAACGCACAGUUCGAGGGCUACGCGGUAGAUCUCAUUCACGAGAUAUCGCGCGUAUUGGGUUUCAAUUACACCAUCAAACUUGCGCCGGACGGCCGAUACGGCUCUUUGAACCGCGAAACCAACGAAUGGGACGGCAUGAUAAGGGAACUUCUGGACCAGAAAGCCGACUUGGCGAUCGCCGAUUUGACUAUCACGUACGAUCGCGAGCAGGCCGUGGACUUUACGAUGCCGUUCAUGAACCUCGGCAUCAGCAUCCUGUACCGCAAACCCAUAAAACAGCCGCCUAAUCUAUUCUCGUUCCUGUCGCCGUUGUCGCUCGACGUGUGGAUUUAUAUGGCCACUGCUUAUUUGGGUGUCUCUGUCCUGCUCUUCAUUUUGGCAAGGUUCACCCCGUACGAGUGGCACAACCCGCACCCCUGCAACCCGAACCCCGACCACCUCGAGAACCAGUUCAGUCUGAACAACUGCAUGUGGUUCGCGAUCGGGUCCCUGAUGCAGCAGGGCUGUGAUUUCCUGCCCAAGGCCGUGUCGACGAGAAUGGUGGCUGGAAUGUGGUGGUUCUUCACUCUCAUAAUGAUAUCGUCCUACACGGCUAAUCUGGCUGCUUUCCUGACGGUCGAAAGGAUGGAUUCGCCUAUAGAGAGCGCCGAGGACUUGGCUAAGCAGACGAAAAUCAAAUAUGGGGCCCUGAGGGGCGGCUCCACAGUUGCGUUUUUCAGGGACUCGAAUUUCUCCACCUACCAGCGCAUGUGGGCGUUCAUGGAGUCCCAACGGCCCUCCGUGUUCACCUCGAGCAACCACGAAGGCGUGGAACAGGUGGUGAAGGGCAAGGGCGGUUACGCGUUCCUCAUGGAGUCCACUUCUAUCGAGUACGUCAUCGAGAGGAACUGUGAACUGACGCAAGUCGGCGGCAUGCUCGACUCCAAGGGCUACGGUAUCGCCAUGCCACCGAAUUCGCCGUUCAGGACGGCGAUCAGCGGGGCGAUCCUCAAACUCCAAGAGGAAGGCAAACUGCACAUCCUCAAAACGCGCUGGUGGAAGGAGAAGCGGGGGGGAGGAGCUUGUCGGGACGACACGACUAAAACGAGCAGUACGGCCAAUGAGCUUGGCCUAGCGAACGUGGGGGGCGUGUUCGUCGUGCUGAUGGGAGGGAUGGGCGUGGCCUGCGUCAUAGCCGUCUGCGAGUUUGUGUGGAAGUCGCGCAAGGUCGCCGUCGAAGAAAGGUGGCUGUUCGGUCAAAGUCUGCCGGAGAAGGUGAAGCCUCUCGAAGAUUUCGAACCUACCACUUCGAAGUUUCCGCCCAACUGAGAGACGCUGGUGUAAAAUCUCCGUGUGUGUGUGUGUGUGUCCCAUGAGAAUGUGUAAUUAAUUUUGACUAGUGGCUAUUCUGAAGAGACGAAGAGAUUAGCUAGUUGACAGAAGUCAGAAAAGUCCGAUGUCGAUCAGUAGCGGAGCUACGAGGGGUCAAAAUUUAUUUAUGUUUUGUUUUUACAAUUGGCGUUUUUAAUACUCCCUAAAUUGCUUAUCCCCUUUGCGCCCCCCAAACGUUUAAAGCAUCUUUUGUUUUUCUAGCAAAUGCUCAGUCCUUUGUUAUUUUUUAUAACGAUCCUAUUAGCACAAGAAAAGUCAACGAAAAAAUGCCCAUCUGGCGACCUCUAUUCAUAUAAUUGCGCAACUGAAUAGUGUUAGGACCAAAUGAACUUUUAAUUGUUUUUUUUUACUUUCCAUGCAAACUAAUGGAAUCAGCGUCGAUUUUUUGUCUGUUCUCUGUCCUCCGUUUUCUGUUCUCUGUAGACGUUUCAUAUAAACGCGAAUAACUUUCGAACAGCUCAAGCUAGUACGCUCAAAUUUGGCUCCUUUUAAAUAGCCCGCGGCCCACAUAAGUCCAAAAGAAACAGUCGCAAUCGGACAUUGGCGUCCAUCUCUUUUUCUAAAUUUUCGUUUUUUUUUCGAACAAGCGUCAGAAAUUUAUAGCUAUCGAGUUCAAAAUUGACGUAGAUAUAGGGUUUAGUUCCCUAACGGAACUUGUUUAAACUGCGGGGUUGGGGGGGCUGGGUAGUCGGAAAGUAUUUAAAAAAAAAUAAAAAUCGCCUUCGCAACUGUCCGCGAAACAGAUCAUAUCUCAAAAACUAUGACAAAUAUCGGAUUUUUUUUGAACGAAAAGACGGUUUUAUAUCUCCAGAGUUUGCUUCAAAAAAAGUAUUUAUUGGUCAGAGUAUAUCAUGAGUAUCUCGAAACACCCAGUACAUUAAUCAAUUUCCGCCAUGUCAUGGUGACUUUAUUCAGGUCCAAAUACUAAUUCUACUAAAUUCUUCAUCCAAAUACUUGCUUGGAUAUGUUAAUUAUAAAAGGUUUGAAAAUGACUGUUUUGUUUUCGACCAAAACAUAGUCUUGAUUAUAUUUUUUACUACGACACUGGAAAGAUACAAUUUUGGAUGUAAUAAUAAUAAUAAAAGACUUUAUUGAUCCAACAUAAAUACAAAAUAAAAGAAAAGAAUAACAAUAAAUUGUGUGAAAUUUGUAUAUUUAUAUAAAGUAAACAACUCUUAUAGAGGUUGAGGUUUUACCUAACUUUUUUUAAUCUUAAUAAGGACCGGCUUAGGAAUUAGUGAAGUUUGUUUUGUAUAUUUGUGUCUAAUAUUAUUAUUAUAUUAUUUUAUAAGAAAACUUCUAACUUAAUAAAUAUAAGUUUUAAGUUGAUGUAAGCUCUUCGUCGAUAUGUAAACCCACAUUUUCAAUAUAAUUGAAAUUUAAUAAAAUCAUUAUCAAAGUUAGUUUUCUCUAUUAGUAUUCUCUAUUUGCCUGGCUAUCAAAAAUAAUUUCGAUGGAUUUGCUGUUAUUAAGGUUUAAACAAGGUUUAAACAAGUUUUUUUUCGAAAAUUCUGCUAUUUUACACUAGCUGAGAUUCUUCCUGCUUAUGCAAAAUAUUCAUAAGAACAUGACAAAAAAGCAGAUGGAAAAUUUGAAGUAUAAAUAUAAAAUAAUUUCAAGUAUUGAGGAGUCACUUAGCAAAAGAACAUUUAUAUUAUCAAAAGAAUUUGUGUAAUCGGUAUAUGGAAUAUAGUAAGUCCUAGUACAAAACCCUGUGGAACUCUCUUUUCAAAUGCAAGGAUUCAGAAGUUUGGUGUCCAUAGUAUACAGGUAGAGGUCCGUAGCUUGGUUAGGAAAGCCAAUAUAGUUAAAAAUACUGAGGUUAGUAAAUAAAGGUUUAAAAAGUUCAAAAGCCUUUGUGUAGUCAAUAUGAGGCGUCAUAUUAAAAAAUGAAACAUAUUCUACUUGUGCAGUUGUUAAAUACUUGUUAAAUACCAUUCUAUUAACCAUAAAAAUGGUUAAUAGAAAAUCCAAUGGAGUCAAAUCUGUGUAAUCAAUAUUCAACAAGGGAAUGUUUUAACUUCAGAAAUUCUCAUUAUUUUUAAACUUGUUAUCUGAUGUUAGUUUCGUAAUUGAACCCUUGGAGGAAUGACAAGAAACCGCUGAAAAUAUGUGUAGGAACAACACAAACUGUUGACCUAAAAUAACCUACUAUAAAAUUUUCCAGAAGUCUCUCCUUUCGAGCAGCGUUUUUAUACAAACAACUUUGUUUCCGAUAAAAUGAACUUUUAUGUUGUGAUUUGCCAAGUAAAUUGGAGUACGGGUGAUCUGAUAUGAUGAUAAUGAUUAAAAAGUUUAUUCGGUCCAGGCUAUACGAAAGGUAGGGGGCAGAGGCAGUGAAUAAUAGAACGUCUAGCCAUAGAUGAGGCGCUGAAAAAAAAAUCUUUUCUCUGUUGAUUAUAUAGAUCAUUUUAUGAAAAAAGUUCUCAUAAAUGCAGGUCUAUUUCCAGGAUACGGGACAAAAUUCAGAGGGUCUAAAUCCGGAGAUCGUGCAGGCCAUAAGUGAGGUCCACCUCGGCAAAUUUAUUUGAAAAGGAAAACAUCUUUUUUCAUAAAAGGAUCUGCGUUACAAGCACUUUUUUUAUUUUUCAUUUUAGAUGUGCGUUUUUGGUAAAAUGUAUUUUUAUACGUCGCCGGUCACGCCACUGGUUUUUCCGGACGCGAGUAACCCGAGAAACUCGCCAAGUCCGCUACUGACUUUUUUGCGGGUCUGAUUACGCCGUUUUAAGCGAAACGUGGUGAAUUAAGUUAUGGUUUCCACCAAUAAAGUAGACUUCGCUGGUUUCUUAUGUUACUGGGAGAAUUUUUAAUUAUUAAUAAACCGUAUUUAAUAAAACUUAUUAUGACGUAGCGAUGUAAAUAUGUUCCUUUCAAAACCCGAAACGACCACGAAUUCGUGUGUACCGGCUCAAAUUCUGUAAAUUUUUGUACAAAGAGGCCUCUCUGUCUCUCCUGUAUAUUCAACUACCACGUAAAUUUUAUAUAAUUAUAUUAUGUACAAAAAUAAAAGCGGCACAAGUCCGAUAAAUUCGAUAGUUGUGUGUAAUAACUUCCGUGGAGACGAUUAAAAUA